AUGGAGCCACCGAAAAAGAAACGGAGAAAAGAGAGAAAGAAAAGAAAAAAGACGGAAUGGCGCAAGGGCACAUUAUGUCCAAUCAAGAACGAGAGACUUCUAUUUAUAAAACCCUUAAAUGAUUUACCAAAGGAUUAUAAUCAGAGCAAAGAUGUGUUCAUGCACUGCGAUGGUGUAUCGAAAUACGCACUGCCUGUGAAAGAAGGGGAUUCCCUGAAAUUUGUUCUUGGUGACAGAGACAAAGAAAGGCCAAUGGCAUGGAAAGUAAAGCUGCAGCAAUACUCCAAGCGAAGCUGUCAAGAACUACUGGAUUACAUUGCGAAAUAUACGCAAGAUUUGAAUUCACAAGACUGUAAGAAAGUGCUUAUGGAAACCUUAUCCCAUACUGUUAUGUGGAGUGUCCUUGGUUCACCUGUUUUUGCGAGAGAUGAAGGUGAUCUGGAAGCUGUGCGUUUCGUUGAGGAACUCCUUCGUUUGUUGAAGUUAAUUUUGCGUGUUAACAAAGGUUCCAAAACUCUUCUCGAAGAAAUGAUUAAGACGGUGGUUCAAGGAACGUUGUUUAAGGCAUCCAACGAUAAAAGCCUCCCCAUGAUGAUCAAAUCAAGCCACUAUAUUCCAGACGAAGAUGUGUUUUACCUCCAGGAUGGGAAAACUCCGUUAUCAGCAGAACUCAUUCGGAGUUUUUGCCGCGAGGUUAUACGCCAAGUUCCGUCUGUUUCUCGCCGUCUGUUGCCUGUAGUUGGUGCAAUCAAUGAAAAGAUACCAAACCCAUCAAGUUUCCUAUUUGAUUUCAUGUCGAUUACUCUAUCUGGAGAAGACAAUAUGAUUGUUGAUAAAGAAGCCUGGCAGGAGCUACCGUUUAUUCCAACUGAUCACGAGUUAGCUGGCAAUCUGGUUGAAGCAGACACGCAUCUUUCCCCAGUGAAGAAUUCCUACCUUGAUCCAGAGUCUUACAUGGAUACGUACUUCAGGCUGCUUCGUGCCGAGACCUUUUCGGCCAUACAACAUGGAAUCAAAGAGCUCAAAGAUUGUGAACUUGACGAAAGAGAUAUGAACGUGUAUUAUAAUAUCCAUUUAGCUGGUUUUCAGCUCAAAUAUGGAGGAUUCUCUCUCGCCGUUCACUUCACUCCAUUUAGGCCUGUCAAGAAAUGGCAAGCCUCGUCUCAACUCAUGUUUGGAAAUUUGGUGUGCAUCUCACUGAACCGAAAGUUUGAUGAUGUCAUAUGGGCCGUGGUGUCCAAUAGAGACAAAGCACUCCUCAACGAAGAGCAAAUCAUCAUUUUAGAGUUGAUAGAAGAAAACACGAAGAAGAUGAGUCAGAUAAUAAGUUCCCUUCAAGCUUACGCAGGUUCUGGAGUCAUGGUCGAAUCACCGACCUACUACCACUCCCUGAGUCCUAUCCUGCGAAGUUUAAAAGAAUUCGACAUGGAAAAUUUCCCACUUCAGGCAGAAGUUGUUUUCGCCGACAAGACAUCACAACAGCCAAAUUACCUCCAGCAAGCGAAUACAGUGGAUACUAGUCCUAUAUACAAAGAGAGUCCAUCAACAGAUGGAAUGGAAGCCUCAUCUCUCAAUGAAAUAUCUAAAGGGACAAUGGAGUUUGCCCGAUUUUUAGAAGUCUUUAAUGCGCAGUCUAGUACAUCUUUGGAAGCAAGUCAGUCCGAGGCUUUGAAACAGGCUCUCACGAAUAGACUGGCUAUUAUACAAGGUCCACCUGGUUGUGGUAAAACAUACAUCGGAGUCAAAAUCGUUCAGCUGUUGUUAACCCUUUCGCCGAAGCUGGAAAAACCAAUCUUAUUGUUGACCUACAAGAACCAUGCCUUGGACGAGUUCUUGAAACACAUGUUGGAUUUCUGUUCGAUAAAUGAUCUGGUGAGAAUUGGGGGCAGGUCCAAAGAGCCAGAGUUGGAGCCUUGUAAUCUACAGGAAAUCAUGAGGUCAUCACCGAUAAUUCCCGGCAAAGCACAGAGCAAAGCAAUGCUUACAGAGAUCCAAGAAACGAGAAAUGAGAUUGAUAAAGUGCAAGAACGGAUCACAGAGCUGUCAUCUCAAGUUAAUGCGAGCAGUUAUUUGACAAAGGAGAGUUUCAUUGCUGGUCUUAAUGAAGAGCAAUUGCAAUCACUUCUCGUUGAAGCCGCGUGGGAAAGCAGUAGCCGCUUAAUAUACCCAGUGAGCAGCAGGAGGUACGCCAAUAGGUCUUCAACUAAAAGACUGGUCACCGAAGUUGUGCGGCAAUUUGGGUCUUUAAAAAAUCUCCUGGAAACCGGAAAUGCUGUGAACGACGAAGGUGUUCCUGUGACAUCUUCAACCAGGCAGUCCGCGUCAGAUUGUGUUAAAAUGAUCGACAUGGCGUUUGAAGCGUGGCUGCCAGACAGACAUAUGAAAGAGGUCCUUCGGCAGGUAAAGUAUUUCCAUGCCCAAUCCGUUCUUCAGGUUCUCGGCAAGCGCAAAGAGAAAGGUGCUUCAAACAUGGCCGACGAUGGCGACGACCAAGAUGAGAGUGGUGAUGAAGAGUACGUAAAUGAACUCCUUGAAACAAGAAUGAUUGCUGGCUUUAAACAAGACGAGACAUCAAACUAUGGCGUGAUUCUUUUCAAAUCCUGUGAAAACAACGACAAAAAAGAUAUCUUAUUUCAGAUGUCGGACUAUCCCGACGAUAUGCAAGUCAGUCAACCAAUUCGUUCAGUAAAGAAUCUGUGGAAUUUGAACGAGGUUCAAAAAUUGCAUUUUCUUUAUAGUCUUCUGAAGGAGAAAAGAUCAAAAGCGACGGAAGAAUUUGACGAGCUCAUAAAAAAACUUAGGACGCUGAAGAAACGAAAAGAAGAAAUAGAAAUGAGUGAAAAGGUUGAAGUGCUGUCGCAGAAAAAGAUCAUCGGUGUGACUAUCACUGGAGCAUCAAUCAAUCAUGAUCUUCUUCAUCAAAUCGGUCCCAGUGUUGUGAUUGUCGAAGAAGCCGCCGAAAUCCUGGAACCAAGUCUUCUGGCUGCGCUGACGCCAUCUUUAGAGCAUCUCAUUUUAAUUGGCGAUCACAAACAACUCAGACCACAAGUGGACACCUAUGAUCUGCGCAGAAACUUCCAGUUUGACAAGUCCAUGAUGGAGAGAUUAAUUGAUUCUGGAUUCCCUUUCAAAUCGCUAACGAAGCAGAACCGGAUGCGACCUGAAUUUUCAGCCUUGUUGCUCGAUAUCUACCCAAAUCUUGAGGAUAAUCUGGAAAUGGUUUCCCUAAAUCAGCCUUUGAAGUGUAUUAAAAAGUCGAUGUAUUUCUGGUCGCAUGAAUCUCCUGAAAAGCACGAACGCACCUACACGAAUGCCGAAGAAGCCGACCGCAUCAUAGCUCUGGUUUUGUAUCUUUUGUGGAAUGGCUGCCGCCCGUCAGAAAUAACGGUUCUUUCCGCCUAUCUCGGACAGACUAAACUUCUGAGAAACAAAUUAAAGCAAAUUAAAGUCGAUUAUGAGAAGCUAUUCCAAGAAACCGCUCAUGGAUUGAAAAAAAGAAACAAUGAUAGAGCAAAAGACGGAUUCGUGCAAGUCCAAACAAUCGAUGGGUAUCAAGGUGAUGAGAAUAAAUACAUUCUUGUUUCGCUCGUGCGAUCGAACGAUAAAGAGAUAAUUGGUUUUCUGAAGGAGACGAAUCGUCGUUGCGUAGCGCAGUCAAGGGCAAAAUGUGGUAUGUACUUCGUCGGAAAUCUAAACCUCCUGAGAAACGCAAAGAAUUCUCCCUGGAAUAGGAUGUUAAAUUCAAUGAUCGAACAAGAUUGUGCUGGGGACACGAUCCCUCUUCGAUGCUCCAAGCACGAGUCAUCAAUAUACGAAGCCAUCGAUGCUGAUAUGGUUUUGGACGUCAUUAAAGAUCCUCAAAAACUUUGUCAGGCGAAGUGUGAUGCGUUGUAA